CUCUCCUCUGCUCUUCUCAAAACGCUUUGCUAUUGUACCAUAUAUAAUCCCCAGUUUGUUUCGGUCUCAUGUUUUCUUUCUUUCCUUUUCUCCUCCGCGCAACACUCAUUUUCAACACGAUCGUUUCUCAUCCGCAACACACUCUUUCGCAAUGGGCCUCGUUGUCAACCUCAUUGCCCUUGCUUUUGGGAUAUUCUUCGGAGUCCCCGCGUCAACUCUCGUUUGGUUGGAACUCCGGGCGUACUGGGAUCCCACUGGUGAAGUGGCUAGGGACCUUCGCUCGUGCCCUCCUCCCUCCUCCUCCCCUUCUCCUCCUCCCCCUCCCCCUCCCCCUCCUCCACCCGUCCGGCGGAGAAAUACUCACCGGACACAGCGUUUGAUAGCAGUACGACUCGGCAUACUAGUUCGCCAGGGACGACGCCACGCCGAAGCGGAUGAGCGGAAGGUGAAGUUACUAGAGACACUGGUUGCCGGACAGCGGACCGGCCCUCCCCGAACUCUUCUCGGAACUGCAAAGGUAGAGUUCGACAUUAGAGACCCGGGUUACUACUUUUAGGGGUCUUGGAGGCGGACCUUAAAGGCUCCUGGCCUUCGAGGACGGAAUCUUCCUGAGGAGGUCGGCCGGCGAAGUCGAACCCCCACCUGUCCGUGGUGCCGGCUACGAACCUUCAGCUCCUUCUGGAGAGCCGACGGGAGUAGCAUAGGACUGAGGGAUAGAGGAAGGGAGAAUGGGGAAAGAUACCGAGGAAGGGAGACGGAGGGGAAAAGGGGGGGGGGGCUGAUGAAUCAAAAUUUGCUUGAGCAUCGCCUCAGUUAGCUGAUGAGCAUAUCGCAGGCUCUGUAUGUAGUUGAAAAGAAUGCUGUGAACUAAAAAUUGGUGGGGAUUCCCUGCUCUGCUCGUGACAGUGAAAGAGUCCCGAAUAGUCCGGACAAACGGCUUGCCUGGAUGGUCGGAGGUCCCUGAGGUGGCAAGACGCUUAUAUAUGGCAGUUUCAUUGUUAAUCUCAGCCUCUGCAACUAAAUAGUAGGCGUAGAUUUUCAAUGCAGCAUUUUUUUUAUUCGUGCAUAGCCUCCUUAUUGGCAUG